AUGCUGGUACAAAGGGGUGAAGUGAAAGUUAAUUCCCACCUUUUUGCAUCUGCAUUUAAUUCAUUUGAGUGGUAUCAGUAUAGUAGACGCAAAAAGCUGACAAGUCGUCUGCUUGAAUUGCUCUCCGCAUCAGUCAUCACGGUAGUAUUCGAACAACAUCAACUGCAAGACAGUCAUUACCACCAAGACAGUGAGAGUAACGAUGAGCAAAUCUUCGUUGCUUUCCCCUACGUUUCCUCAUUUCUUCGGGCUGUUUUUAAUCCAGUGAAAGCGACUACCAUUUAUCCACCCAAUGUGGCCCUUUAUCAUCCAAAAUACAACUGCAUAAUUUUCUCAUGCUUGGGCUGGCAAUAUUUUGCAAAAGUUAAAGGAAAGAUUUUUACUAAAAAAGAUUCUAUUAUCCAUCAACUAUAUUGUUACAGCAGUUCUCAUCCAGUAAUUUUGCUCCUUAAAACUUUUAAUCACCUUUUCACACCUUAUCCAUCCAUCCAGUUAUUUACUAAUCUUCUUACUUAUCGAAUUAUUCAUCCAUUCAUUCGGUGCAAACGAACCCAAUUUGCUAUGAUCUUAAUUCAAUUUCUUCUGUAUAUUUUAACGCAACCAUUGUUAACGUUAGCUGGCCUGAUAUCUGAUAUAGACGAAAUGUAUUUAGUCGAUAAUCAUUGUGGAACGCUUUGGCUGGAUACGAUGGAACAUCUUAUUCGAAUAAGUAAACUGAAUUUAGAACGGUCCCUUCAUCCUAACAAGCUUAACUCAGUUUUUAGUAGGAAAAAUCCAUUCUUAAUUCAUUCAAGCAUGAUAAUUACAUAUUUUUGUCACCUAUGUUUUACUUUUGCUUGGUUUGCUUUUGCUUUUACUGUAAUGAUGGUAUUAGAUGAACGCUUUGCAUUCUUCUGUAAGAAUAGGAUAUUUCUCCUUCGUUAUCUUAGUCCAGAAGUUAAACCAGAAAUAAAAGCACGGGACACUCUCACCCUAGAAGCAGAAAGUGGAAACAGAACGAUAAGCAGUCUAUUCAAUAGGAUUUUAGUUUUAACAGAUUUACUAACACCAGCACGCAUUCGUCUGCUCUCACACCAUCCACAGUUGCACAAAAAAGACGUAGGAAUGGAGGACCAGAGGGAAUGGGCAACAGUGACCAGGGUCAAGGUCAAUCGUGGUAUACCUGCGUUUGCUAUGAUCUCGUGUGCUUACCAAAUGUCAGCGGUUUUUGAACAAGUAAACACACAGCAUCAAGCAAUGAUUACAAGAGGAAAGCAAAACGCAAUGACUAAGCUGCUUUAUGUCCGAAAAGCAACUGUUAGUAAAGAAUAUGAAAGAGAAAAUGACUCACUUUCAUUCCAUCAUUACCGUAGCAAUUGCAAGAUCCAUCCUUUCAAAGUCAGAAUCUGUCACUUUCAAAUGAUCCCACCUGGAUUUACUCCCAACGACUGGCAAAAUAAGCAAGAUUUCUUAACUGGCAAUUCAUUAAAGUCACCCAUUGAAGGCUUUGAUAUCUACGCACAAAGGCACUUCAAGUGUGUAGCUUUACCGGAUAAAGAGAAGCAAAAGAAAAAUGUGACAAAAGCGUUAUCUCUUAUAGGCGUUGACAUUACAUUCAAUCGACAAAGUAAUUUAACCUGCUUCGAGGUGAUAAGUUUAAACUGGAUUACUUUGACAGAAAAGACACCAACAGUGAAAUGGACAUAA